AUGCGCCCUCUUUUAAAUAUUCAAACUCCACAAACAGAAGCAGCCACUGUUAAUUCAAUUGAUGCAGAAGAACUUACAUUUGGUUCACGUGAGCCGUCUUUUGUUUCACCGAAUAAAAAGGACGCUUGGAAGUCUUUUAAAACAGUGUCAACACCAUUGCCUUCUAAAGUGUUUUCUGACCGUACAAAUACACUUAAUGCAAAACGUGAAUUUACUCCAUUGUUACAGAGUGCAGUAAAAAAUGGGAUUUCUUCACAUUUUCAAUCACAAAAAAGAUCUGAUUUUAAGGAAAAUUUUCCUAAAGAUGAAGAAGACAAAUGCUUAUCGGAUAAUUGUAGUCAAGAAGUUUCAUCAUCUAGUGUUGCAUCUGUUAAAUCUAUUAUCAAUUUGUCUGAUCGGAAUAUACAUGAAAAAGAAGGAAAUACAGCAACGCUUACAUUACGGGAACAGGAGAAAAUUAUUGAUACAAUGAGAAAAGAGAAUUGGGGAUUAAAAUUAAAAAUUCAUUUUUUGAAUGACCGUUUGGACAAAUUAGCACCAGAUCAAAUUGAGGUUGCAUUAAAAGAAAAUAUUGAAAACAAAAUUCAACAAGCAAAGCUUAUUCAGGAAAUUAAAAAAUAUAAGAAAUCAUUACUAGAAUCUGAAAAGAAAAUAAAAGUGAUGUCAAUAGACAAAGAAAAAGAAUUGGAAUCUAAUGAAAUUAUUUCUGAACAAAAAAAGAUACUUGAUAAAAUUGCAUUAGAAAAUAAUCAAUAUGCGAAUAAACUUUUCGAAGCUCAAGAAAAAAUAGAAACGAUGUCUAAGGAAAUUGAAGGGCUAAAGAAUUUAAAAACUGAUAUCGAUGUUUCUGAGAAACUUAGUUAUUUAGAAGAACAAUUGCAACAAGCAUUGGAAAAAAAUGAAGAAAUGGAAAUAGAACUUAAGGAAAAACAAAAUAAAAUAGAUGAGCAAAAUGAUGAGAUUGAACUUCAAGAAGAGGAACAUGAUAAAUUAAAACAAAUAAUUGAAGAAUUGGAACAGAAAUGUUUUUCGAAAGAACAUGAAAAAAUAGAUGAAUAUAAUAAUCAGGUAGAUUCAUUAAAAAACGAUUUAGAUAUUAUUAAGAAAAGAUUGGAUGAAAAGGAAAAAAUUAUUCAGAAAUUUAUGUUGGAAAAAGACAAUUCGGAUGAACUUUAUAGUGAACUUGAAAAAACACGUUCUGAUUUAAAUAAAAUAUCUAUCGAAUAUUAUGAAUUUAAAAAUACACAGAAAGAAAAAGUUUAUAAUUUAGAAAAGUCCUACAAAGAUAUUAGUGAUGAAUUACAAAUUAAAGAAAAAGAGAUUGCAUUUCUGCAUACACAAUUGGAAACAAAGGAUUUUAGUAUUUCUGAUAAAGAUGGAAAUAUACAGAAAGUUCAAGAUAUUUUAAAUGAGAAAUAUAAACUUGAAGAAGAUUUAAAGAAUGCUCAAGAUAAUAUUAAAGAGUUACAUAUAAAUUUAGAAGAAUACGAUGAUAGACAAGAAGAAUUAGAAAAUGAUCUUAAGCAAAAAGAAGAAGAGCUCAUUGAAGUUAAAUUUAAUCUAAAAUCUCUUCAGAAAGAGUUUGACACAUCAAAAUUAGAAUAUGAGAAAGAAAAAAAAGAUAUUUAUAAUCAAAUAGUAAAAUCAGAGCAAGAUUGGGAUGAAGAACGAAUAAAAUUGAUUAGUGAGACUGAAACUAUACAAGCUUCUUUGAAACAAUAUCAGGAUCGUAGUGAGCGUAUGUUAUUAACUUUGCAAGAAGAAAAAAAUAUUCUUCAAAAUAAACUUCAAGAAGUCAAACAGCAAAAUUCUGAUUUGCAGGAAAAUAUUACUAAAUUAGUUGAAACAGAAGGGAUCUUUUUGAAGAACAAUGAAAAAUUUCAAGAAACAUUGAAAAGCGAAGAAGAGCGUCACCGUAGAUAUGAGGCUCAAUUACAAGAUCGUCUCAAUGAGCAAAAUAUUCGUUAUGAGGAUCAAAAAAAUGAAUUUAACAAAGUUUUAGAUAAUUUUCGUGUUUUACAAGGCGAUUUUAAGCAAAUUCAAAAAUCGGAAGAAUUACUUAAAGAUAACAUUAAGUCUCUUACGAUAGAAUAUAAUGAACUUCAACAACAAUAUACUCAGCAACAGGAAAUCAUCGAAGAAACUAAUAAAGAAACUAUUCAAUUUCAUAAAGAGCAUGAAAAACUUAAAAUUGAAUAUGCAUCAAUGGAGGUUGCUCUUAAUGAUUUGCAGAAUGAAAAAAACAAUUUAGUUCUUUUAGUAGAAAAAAUUAAAUCUGAUAAAGAAGCGAAUACAUCAUUGUCUCUAAAUAAAACAGUUAAAUUAUUAGAAAGUCAAAUAGAAUCUAUUAAAUAUGAACGAGAUAAUCUUUUAAAAUCUAUUGAUUCGUUAAAUACAGAUAUUAUUAAUUAUCGAAAUAUAGUAGCUAAUUUAGAAAAGGAACGAGAUUCUCUUAAAGAAAAAUUUAAUCAUUUUAAUAAUGAAAAACCAUCUUUAUUGGAUGAAAAGUAUUUUGAGCUUGAAAAAAAUAAUAAUAUAUUAGAAACUCGAGUUAAAUUCUUAGAAAUAGAAAAAGAAAACUUAUUGGAGGCUAAGUCAAACCUUGAAAAUAAUUUGAAUGAGACUAUUAAAAAUAUGAAGAAUAAUGAAAUGAAUUUGAUUUAUGAAUAUAAAACUAAAAAGAUAGAAUUAGAAGAAAUUAUUCGUACAAAGGAACAUGAACAAGAUAAUUUAACAAAACAAAUCCAACAACUUGAGACAACUUUUUUAAAUGAAGAACAAAUUUAUAAAGUCAAAAUCAAGCAGCUUAAUGAUGAAAUAUCUUUUUUACAAGAUCAACUUGAAAAUUUUAAAUUACAGCAAAAGAAGCCAUUGGAAUUCGAAGAUUCAGAUGAACAAGCUAUUUCUAAUUUACGAAAAGAUAUGUCUAGAUUGAAAAAUGAAUUGUAUGAUACAGAACUAGAAACAAUUGAUGAACAUGAUAAUUAUCAAAUAAACUAUAAAACAGAAUUGUCAGAAUUAAAACUAAAAUAUAAAAAUGCAAAUGAAGUUAUUUCAAAUAUGAAACUCGAGGCAUUGGCUCGUGAAGAAGAAUUUCAACAUAAAAUUAAUGAAAUAAUGCUAAAAGAAAAAUCGAAAUCAACAAAGUUACAAACUGAAAAGGCGCAAAUAGAGUCAACCCUUUUUUAUGUAACUCAAGAAAAAGAUGCUCUUAUGAAAGAAAAGGAACAACUUCAAAAACAGUUAUCUCAAAAGGAUAAUCCUGUUUAUGCUUGUGAAGACUAUGUAAAUGAGAAUGAAAAUAUAAAUGCUAUUCAACAAAAAGAAUUAAAAGAACGUUUAAUGCUUGCUAAAGCUGAAUUAAAUGAAGUUAAAGAAAAUAUGAAAACUCGUGAAAUGCAAUUAAAAGAACAAUUGCAUAAGAUUGGAAAAGAUAAGUAUCUUUUAAUUAAUAGAAUAGAAUUAGCGGAGAAGGAAAUUCAAUCUGUCACUCAGGAGAAAAAAGAAUUAUCUAUGAAAGUAUACUGCUUAGAAAAACAGCUUCAAGAAAAUGAACAUUUAUUGUAUAAUAAUCAAGACCAAUUUAAAAGAAUUGUAAAUAUUAAUAACGUAUCAUCAAAAGAAUUAUCUGCGCUUAAAUCAAAACACAAAGCUGAGUUAAAAGGUUUAUCAAAACAAAUUUACUACCUUAAAGCCCGAAUAUUAAGAGAAGAACAAUUUAGGGCUAGCCUUUCAUAUACUAAAAAGUUUUUCCUUAUGAAGAUUGAUAGUUAUGAAUCCUGUAAUCAAGCAAAUCUUCGACUAAUUGAAAAAAUGGGGAUUUAUCCUGAUCGGAGUAUUCAACAAAAUCGAAUUACAUUAAAAGUUGUGAUUUUAGUAGUUAUUAUAAUUGAAAGGAUGAAAAAGCUUUCAGUGGAAUGGUCUAAGCAAACGAAAAUUAAGGAAAAGUUAUUUAAGUCACUAUUAUUAAUUCGAGCAAAUUAA